UUCCGCUCACCCUAACAACAUCACCCUGGCGUCUCGCCAGAACAAUUGCCAGCAUGGACUUCAGUGACGCUGCCGACCUCCUCGGCAACGAUGAGAUGCCUGUUCGACAACAGCGCUGGUGGAGCUUCCUACGAGUCUCAUUUUAUUUCAUUUUAUCCACCUCUGUGAUAAUUGCCGUUGCUCUCGCGUACGAUUACGGUCGAUCAUGGCUUAGAAAUUGGCGAGAAUACAAUCAUAAAAAGUCGGUCCGUCGAAAGUAUGGCAUCCCCGACAGUAACAACGAACCAUUCAACGUCGCAUAUGCCAAGGCAGAGCAGAAGAGAAGAGAAGCGGCUCAGCGUUUGGCUCAGCAACAAGCAUCAUAUCAGGCAUCAAAUAGAACCUCCGCUGCCUCGAAUGUCCCGCCUGAAAGACAAGACGAGGCAAACCCUCCAGUAAUGCGACGCCGCGUCGUUCCAUCGACUUCUGACGCAAGUAACGCGGAACGGUCUGAGGGUACUUCAAAGCCACGAACUGGUUUAUUCGAAUCACGACAGGAUGGCCCGUCAAGUUCAUUUGUGAAUGCACCUGGGUCUUUUCCACACACCGAGCCUUCCGCCGUCCCGAAGACAAACCCGGACGUGGCUGCGAACGACCACGCAGCACCACGAUCUCGUCGCAAGCGCUCUUUGGAGAAGGAGAAAGAAGAAGAGGGGGAGUCAUUAAAGAAGAAAUCUCGCGAUGGCGAUAUUGAGGAGGCUGAUUUCGUUGCUCCUAACUCAUCUAUGGAUGUGAUCGAAGAAGAAAGUGCAAGCACUUCUCGUCCAAAAGCUUCCCGUGGUGCUAAACGGCAAGCGGGAUCUGACGAAGAUAUUGCAAACCUUGGUUCGAUGGGAAAGAAAGCCGGCAAGAGGGCCCGCAGGCGAUCGAGAAAAGUACAAGAUGUGUUCGACGCCGAAGAGGCAGAUGAAUUCAUGGACCUUGAACAUGUUACGAGAGGGAAAAAGAGGGAUAGAGCCGAAGCUGGUUCAACCUUUGGUGGUGACGACGAUUCUCCUGCUACUAGCCAUAAGCGAAAGAACCGGAGACGAAAGCGCAAAUCUAAUGUCUCUGCGGAAUCAGACUCCGCUUCUCGAACGCGUGGAACAAAGCGCACCUUUGAGGUCGAAUCAACCUUGGGCAGUGACGAUGAAGGUGAUAGUAUCGGUCGCUCUAGGUCGUCUAGGAAGCGCGGGAAGCGUACAGUUAACGAUUCAUACGAUCUCUCGGAUGUAUCAAUGGACGACUUACUACUAGACCCGUCAUGCAUGGGUAGAAAAAUAGGCGAAGAAUGGCAUGCCAAUGGAGAGACUUACAAGAUUGGUCCUGACGGUCGUAGGCUACGACAUGUCUUUCUUCGCAAGCGGAAAUCGCGGUAUAGCAUGCCUGAAGAUUCGCAACAUCCUGAUACUCAGGACCAGUUUGAGGUUUUCGUAGAGAAGUGGUUGAACGACGACGAUUACAAGGCGGCUGUUGAGCGUGGCGAUGUUUAUAUCCCAGACAAAGGUACUAAAGAGUCCAAGGGUUCUGACACGGUCACAAAAAUCGGGAAACAACUACUGUGGUCUACUACUCAGAAUGGCACGAUGUCACUAAGACCGAGGACGGUUGGAGGCUCAGCUAUUGCUGAUGCUGGGGUUAAUGGGAAUCCCUUUGAACGCCCUUUGCAAUCAAGUUAUUCUAAACGUAUACCUAUUGGCGUAGACUCUACACUCCGAUCCCCGACAGGGUCCCCUGUGAUGCGUCAGUCGAAAUCCUACUCCAAAUGGGAGAAGCAGGAUCUCGAAGCGGAAGCAAUGGCAAAAUUACGAAAGAGGCUCGAAGAGGAGAAAAAAGCAGCGUCUCCUGUACCCGCACCUAUUCUCAAGAAGGUGUCCUUCCAGCUGCCCACUUCAACAGCAGAAUCGUCUGGUUCAGCUCCGUCAAUAACCAGCAGUUCUUCCGCCCCGGCUUCGAUGCAUGUUCCUUCGACACCUAACAAAACUGCAGAAAAAGCUGCAAAGCCCACGACAAGUAAUCUGUUCACUCCUCCGCAAGCCAACGGUGAUGCCAACAAGGUACCUCCUUUAUCGAUGAUGGCGACGUCGUCAAGCGCACCAAGUCAGAUCAAACCACCUACGAUUACGCUUACCCCACCAUCAAAGGAAACAACACAAAGCGCAGCAACGAAGCCGGCAUUCGGCUUUCCCCCCGUCAGCGCCCAAACUACUGGAGUGCCACCAGACAAAAAGGAAACACCAGCGUCUGAAUCGAAGUCCAAUGAGCAAGCUUCUGCACCAUCUGCCGCCCCUUCAAUGCCAAAUUUGUUUGGGCAAAAGGUACAGGGAACACCCAAUGGGGCCGCAUCCAGCCAGCCAGCUGCCAAUUUGUUCGCAAAGCCUGCUGCUCCCUCGAAUGUUUCGGCGAGUGAUGGAACUUCUGGAGCUGCCCCAGUGUUCUCCUUCGGCAUUAAGGGUGCCGCACAAGGCGAGAAGAAGACGGAGGCUCCAUCACCGUUUUCUUUUGGAAAGCCAGCGGAAAAACCUGCUCCAUCGGCAUCUGGCGCUUCAAAGGAAACUGCAAUUCCCAAUGGUGGUAGUCCUUUUGGUUUCGGAGUGAGUACGGGGAACACGGGUCAGCCCGCGGCUACCACUGCAACCGCCCAAGGUCAAACGGCUUCUCCUUUCUCGUUGAAUACUGCCGCGAAUAAGCCGUCUGAGCCUUCUAACAAACCUGCAACUGCGCAGCCGCUUGCGGGUGUUAAUGCUGCUACGGCACCGAAAUUCAAUUUCGGUUUCAGCUCAAAGCCCGCUGCUUCGGCCUCGCCAGCUCAGGUCCAGGCGUCGACGUCUGUUCCCAAGUCUGCAACAUCGGUAUCACCAUUCUCCUUUGCCUCGAGUGUUGCUGCACAAAAUGCAGCACCUGCUACUAAUGCCCAAUCCGCGUCAACACCUGCCUCAAGUUCGACCACUGCAGCUCCGAAAUUCUCGUUUGGUACUCCCACGGGACAAACUUCAUCAAUGACGGCGACACCGAGCGCUGCUAGCGCCGGAUCGGGAAGCAGCUCGGGUACAAUGACGAAUGCGCCUACUUCGAGCGGCGUGCCAGCAUCGACAGGCUUCUCUUUCAACUUCGGAGGAUCAAAGCCCGCAGGUUCGACCUCUACUUCUUCGCCAUUUGGAGGUCAACCUGCUGCUUCUUCGCCAUUUAGUACUCAAUCUACCACGUCAUCACCGUUCGCGGCUCAGCCAGCUAGCUCAUCGUCGUUUGGGACACAACCAGCUGGUUCAUCACCAUUUGGUACCGCUGCAAAACCCGCCACUGCAUCGCCAUUUGGCACCACAGGGACAGCUUUCGGUGGUGCGGCUGGUACUUCGUCGACUUCGUCUCCGUUUGGUACCGCAGCGAAACCUCCAGGUGAAGCACCAAAGCCGUUGUUCGGCGCGGGUCAAAGCACAACAUCUGGUAUGACGACUUACUCUGCGCCGACGACAACAGAGAAGCAGGAGAACAAGCCUGCGUUCUCGUUCAACUUCGGUGGAGGUGCACCCGCUGCGUUCGGAGGUACUUCAGCUUCAGCGCCGAACGGGGCGAGCUCAGGCGGCGUUUUUGGAAGUACAGGGGCAAGUGGUACCUCCGCUCCUGCUGCUCCGACAUUUUCGUUCGGUACUGGUGCAAAGCCUGCGAGUUCACCAUUCGGUGCAUCGGCUAGUAACAUGAACACGAACAUGGAUACGAGUAACAACAAUACCAGCACACCGAAUACGACGAAUGCGAACGUUUUUGGCUCUUCUUCAACUGGAUCGUCUGUGUUUGGCGCUCAGAAGUGAACAUGUUGCUGUCCAUCCAUCAAUCGUACAUAAUGAUUCUCUCCGCCUCUUCGCAUAUAAAACAACUCUUUGGGUUAAAGCAUGUACCACUCUCCUCUCUUCCUCGAUCUCCAUACCAUUUCCCAUCUGCAUCUAUCUGUAUUCUUUGUACACUACAUUUAGUCGUUAGUAGUCAGUCCUCUUCAUCCGCGCAUCUCAAGCACAAAAUCGCAUAUUUUU